AUGGUGGCCGCACAGUGCGAAUUUUCAAAUUUAGAGGAGAACUUAGUGGAACAGUUCGUGUGCGGGGUCCGCGAUGUCAACCUGCGGAGCUGCAUGUUCCGGAACCACCGCAUCACCCUGCUUCAGGCCGUGGAGACUGCCAGGGCAGCAGAACUGUCAGAGCAGGUCCACGGCCGAUAUGAGCGGCUGCAGGUAUCUGCACCGGAGCGACCACCUCCAGAAGUGUCAACUCAAGCCCAUAUGGUUGAGGACGACCUGCCGUUUGAUGACCCAGAGGAAGAUGUGGUGGCACAAAUGAGAACUCAGCCUAAGCGGAAGCCGAAACCACAGCCAGCGGCGCAACCGGCGUCCAUGGGGAAACUGCCCAUUCUAAUCGUUAGGGACGACCUGCCGGCCCUUUUGGGCCUGGAUUGGUUUCCAGCCCUGGGUUUGUCUAUAGGAGGGGUCCACCGGGUUGUCCCCUCGUCCAUCGAAGACAUAUUAAGGGAGUUUGCCGACGUCUUCGAUGGCCAGUUGGGUUGUUAUAAGGGCACCCCCAUCUCUUUAAGUUUAGACCCUCAGGUUGCUCCCAUUAGGCUGAAAGCCCGUAGGGUGCCUUUUGCCUUAAGGGCCAAGGUUGACGCCGAACUGGAUAAGUUGUUGGCGCAGGAAGUCAUCGAGCCCGUUGAUCAUUCUCCUUGGGAGACACCCAUUGUCCUCCCAAUUAAACCAGACGGGUCGGUGAGGAUCUGCGCCGACUACAAGUCGACGAUCAACUUGGCCCUUCAGGCAAACCCCUAUCCAGUCCCUGUAGUGCAACACCUGCUCCACUCCCUGGGGCAGGGUUGCACAUUCGCCAAACUGGAUAUGGCGCAGGCCUAUCAACAGCUCCCGGUGGAUGACGAUGCGGCGGCUGCCCAAACCAUCGUCACCCAUCGUGGGGCUUUCCGUUGUCGCCGCCUUCAAUUCGGCAUUUGUGGCCCGGGGAUCUUCCAAAGCCUCAUGGAGCGGCUGCUCCAUGGGCUACCGGGCGUUGUUCCGUAUUUCGAUGAUGUUCUGAUCGCUGCUACCAGCCGCUCAGAACUCAUCGAAGUACUCCGGAAGGUCCUCAGUCACCACAAGCCACUCCUUGGGCUUCUGGCAGGCGACAAGCCGACCCCCCCCAUCCUCUCCCCCCGCAUGACGAGAUGGACGGAGUUCCUUGCAGCGUACUCGUACACGCUGCAGUACCGUCCGGGCAAGCAGCUAGGGCACGCUGAUGCCCUAAGCCGCUGCCCCCUGCCGGAGACCGAUACCGCCCAGGUGCCCAGUCUCUCCAUCCUUUCCAUCGCGUCUUCCGGUUUUCCCAUUUCUGCCGCGGAUGUUGUGGCCUGCACUAAGGCCGAUCCGAUCCUCUCCCAGGUCGCUUCCUGGGUCUUGAGGGGAUGGCCCACUGAGAAGGUGGCAGAGGGUUUUCGGCCCUUUAAAACUCGACAAGCGGAGCUCUCCCUCCACGGGGGGUGCCUCGUUUGGGGGGAUCGAGUAGUGAUCCCUACAGCUCUUCGGCCACAAGUACUAUCCCUGCUCCAUAAGGAUCACCCGGGCAUAGCGCGAAUGAAGGCAUUAGCCCGUAGCUAUGUCUGGUGGCCCUUGUUGGAUUCAGAGAUAGCGGCCUAUGUAGGCCGCUGCACCCCGUGUCAACAAUCAAGGCCAAAUCCCCCCGCCGGGCCUGCUCACGAGUGGGAGGCUCCGAGAGGCCCAUGGUCACGCCUCCAUCUGGAUUUCGCUGGUCCCUUCCACGGCCAAAAUUUCUUGAUAGUGGUGGACGCCUACUCCCGCUGGGUGGAACUGGUCCUGAUGGGCUCCACCACAGCUGAGAGUACGGUCCGGGCCUUGAGAAGGCUAUUCGCAACACAUGGGUUGCCGGACCUCAUAGUUUCGGACAAUGGGCCUCAAUUCAUGUCCACCAUGUUUCAGGAAUUUCUGGCCGAGCAAGGGAUCCGGCAUGCGCCCAUAGCCCCGUACCACCCGGCCAGCAAUGGCCGGGUGGAGCGGGCGGUCCACUCAGCGAAGGAGGCCCUGGGCCGCAUGGACCGGGGCGACUGGCAGGAGAAAGUGGCGGCUUACCUGCUAAGCCAACAUUCCACUCCCUGCCCUACGACCAACCGAAGCCCCUCGGAGCUCUUGAUGGGCCGGCGUCUGCGGACUCCCCUGGACCGGCUA